UCGAAAGAACAGUUUUAACUAGUUAAGGAAAUCCGCUUCAUUUAAUUAAGUGAUUUGAUUUAUUUUAUAUUCAUAGAUUCUUUUAUUUCUCUUCUCGUUUUUCCCUCAUUUGCGUACCCUCGCAUUCUCUAACGUUGCAAUACACUCAGGUUUAGAUACAAAUCAAUGUAGAACUAUACAUACCUAUUCAAUCGCCCAAUGCAAUUAAAAAUCAAUAGGUAGUCCAUCAUAGACAGAGAUUCUAGACGUUUAACGUUUCUGGUUCCUAAUUGUUCACAUUUUUGGCGUUAAGGUAUUGUCUUUCUCUCUCACUCCUGUUAACACAUAUAUCACAGUACUGCUCUUUCGCCGAUUGCUAAAAAAUAAACCAGCUCUGUUUAUGUUGAUCCUUGAGGAGUCGAGUGUAGUGUAUUCGGAAAUAUUACAAUUUCAAGUAAAUGUGAAUUAAAGUGGUAAUAAGUACAAAAUGUCUUUAAAAACAGAUGUGGAGGCAGAAGUGCCGGAAGAUGUUACGGGAUUACUGGAGACAUUAUCUGCCGAGCUCAAAGAGAUGUACUCUUUUAGAGACUUAUUUUUCGAAAACCAUCCCAUUGAGAUGGCUACGGAGAAAAAUAAAUAUGUAGAAGAGAAGAAACAAGCAUUGGUUGAGAAGUUUGAGGCCAUUGAUGUGGAAACUCAGAUUCCGUUCGCUCAACGUGCCAAGUUCCUUUACAUGAAGGGCCGUUGCUACAACAUAUGCCCUACAUACGAUUCUAGAGCCUCUCAGUACCUGAGCAAGGCUGUAAAGCUCAACCCCCACCUGGUUGACGCUUGGAAUGAACUCGGAGAAUGUCAUUGGAAGAAUAUGAAUGUAAAAGAGGCAAAAUCCAGUUUUGAAGGUGCUUUAAAACAUGAACGCAACCGUCUCUCUCUCCGUUGCCUCUCAAUAAUCCUGCGUCAAGAAAGCAGUGAUAAGAAGCGAUCCGAAGCUACUCCAGCCAUUUUGAAGAGUGUUGAGCUUGCCAAAGAGGCUGUAGCCCAGGAUAUCAAGGAUGGAGUGUCCUGGUCGGUCUUGGGAAAUGCAUACCUAUGCCAAUUUUUCAUGGUAGCUCAAGAUCCAUCUACUUUGAAAUUGUGCAUGAGUGCUUAUAAGCAAGCAUCCCUAGAUCCUGUUGCAAAGGGACAGCCAGACCUGUAUUAUAACAAGGGCAUUGCCCUAAAAUACUCGGAAUACUACGACGAAGCAAUCCAGAACUUUGAGUUCGCAAGCCGGCUGGACCCUCCAUGGCAGCCGCCACGUCAAGAGCGCUCGCGCCUGGUGACGUUCACGCUGGCCGCGCACACGCUGGUGCGGACGCGAGGCAAGCUGAAGGCGAAGCGAUUGACGCAUAUGGUGCAGUCAAUUGACAAGAGAAUGUUGGGUAUCUACGCUGAAGGCACCAUUCAUACAUUCGGGAAACGUGAAGUUACUCUCAAAAAGACUCGGUUAGAUCACUUGCAAGAAGGAAACAACGAGGGAACCGUCGUCGUGGGCAGAGUCAUCGGAUCCAUACAUAACGACAAUGCCGUACCUUUUACUUUCGCUCUGGUGGAUGACAGCAUGGAAUGCGUGCUAGUCACUGUGUACAACUGGGCUGACGGUCGCGGCGCCAUCAUCGGCGACUGCAUUGCUAUACCGGAGCCCCAACUGCGAUCUCACAAGCAUGAGUCUGAGGAAUUGACUUACGACUUCAAAUCAAUCCGCGUGAACAACCCUCUACUCCUGCAACUGAACGGUCGCCGCGUGAACCGCAACCAGUUCGCCUGCACCCGCGUAACCUCCACCUACGAGAUACACUGAAGUUAUGCAAGGUGCUGGUUCGAAUUGCCGCUACUGAGACGGGUAUAGUUAUUAUUAUUAUUUACUUACUUGAUACUUUGCACUGAACAGUUUCGAUAGAGGUGCCAAUUUGUUUGUUUUUAACGAUUAAAGAUUAUUGUUCAAAAAUAAUUCUAAUUAAUAGAUUUGAAAAUAAAAAAUCCCACGUUUU